GUUUGCCCUCAAGUCGUCUAAAGUGCAGGACGGGAUGGGGCUCUAUACGGCCCGCAGAGUGGAAAAGGGUGAAAAAUUUGGUCCGUUUGCUGGAGAGAAAAGAAUGCCACAAGAACUGGAUGAAAAUACAGACUGCAGACUCAUGUGGGAAGUUCGUGGGAGUAAAGAUGAAGUCCUUUAUGUUCUGGAUGCCAGCAAUCCGCGACAUUCUAACUGGCUGCGUUUUGUCCAUGAGGCACCAUCACAAGAACAAAAGAACCUGGCUGCCAUCCAGGAAGGGGAAAACAUUUUCUAUCUGGCUGUUGAGGAUAUAGACACAGAUACAGAGCUUUUGAUUGGUUACCUUGACAGUGAUAUGGAAGAAGCAGAAGAGGAGGAGGAAGAAGUGAUUCCUAACCAAGAAGAUGAAGACAGUAACAACAAUAACAAUAAAGAGCUGCAACAAACUAGCGAGAAAGAUUCUUUGAGCUGUAAAGAGGACCACGCAUGCCCAAAUUGUGAAUCCAGUUUUGCCAGCCAGGAGAUUCUAGCUGAGCAUCUUCAGACUUUGCAUCAAAAGCCUAGUGAAGAGAAAGAAUUCAAGUGCAGGAACUGUGGAAAGAAAUUCCCAGUUAAACAAGCUUUACAAAGACAUGUUCUCCAGUGCACAGAGAAUGUCAGUCCAGGCGACACUUCAAGAAGUUUUCAGUGUUCUGUGUGCAAUACUUCCUUCAGCUCAGAACUGAGUUAUGAGCAGCACAAGGAGGCUUGUAGAGGGGAUGCCAGAUUCAUAUGCAAGGCUGAUAGUUGCGGAAAGAGAUUCAAGAGUAAAGAUGCCCUAAAAAAACACAAGGACAAUGUUCACACUGGAAAUUCUAGGAAGAAACUGAUGUGCUCAGUGUGCAAUAAGAAAUGUUCCUCAGCAACAAAUCUUCAAGAGCAUCGAAAGGUUCAUGAGAUCUUUGAAUGUCAGGAAUGUGACAAGAAAUUUAUAUCAGCUAACCAGCUAAAACGCCAUAUGAUAACCCAUUCAGAAAAACGCCCCUACACCUGCGAGGUUUGCAAUAAGUCCUUCAAACGACUUGAUCAAGUGACUGCACACAAAAUAAUACACAGUGAAGAUAAACCUUAUAAAUGCAAGCUUUGUGGAAAGGGAUUUGCCCACAGAAAUGUUUACAAGAAUCACAAGAAGACCCACUCUGAAGAGAGACCAUUCCAGUGUGAAGAAUGCAAAGCUUUGUUUCGAACUCCAUUCUCUCUGCAGAGACACCUACUAAUACACAACAGUGAGAGAACCUUCAAGUGUGAUCACUGUGAUGCUACCUUCAAAAGAAAAGACACAUUAAAUGUUCACAUACAAGUUGUACAUGAUGGACAUAAAAAAUAUAAAUGUGAUCUGUGUGACAAAGCCUUUGUGACUCCUUCAGUCCUUAAGAGUCAUAAAAAAACCCAUACUGGAGAAAAAGAGAAAAUCUGCCCUUACUGUGGUCAGAAAUUUGCAAGCAACGGAACACUGAGAGUUCAUAUUCGGAGUCAUACAGGUGAGCGUCCCUACCAGUGCCCUUACUGUGACAAAGCUUUCAGCAAGAAUGAUGGAUUAAAGAUGCACAUUCGUACUCAUACAAGGGAAAAACCAUACCAGUGCUCGGAGUGCAACAAGGCCUUCAGUCAGAAGCGGGGCCUUGAUGAGCACAUGAGGACCCACACCGGGGAAAAGCCAUUCCAGUGCGAUGUUUGUGAUUUGUCCUUCAGCCUGAAGAAAAUGCUGAUCCGACACAAACUGACUCACAAUCCCAAUCGUCCAAUGGCAGAAUGCCAGCUCUGCCACAAGAAAUUUACAAGAAAUGACUACCUCAAAGUGCACAUGGAAAAUGUCCAUGGUGAAACUGACAGCUAACUGUGGUUUAUGCAAAAAGCGUGUGUCUAGUCUUCAAGUGUUCCAUUUGUACAUGUACAAACUCCAGACUUCUCACCUGAUUAGUAAGCACAAUCAGGAAAAGAACUGUAAUAUGCUCACAGACUUUUUUUUUCCAUUUCGCUCUCUGUUUAUGUUACAGAGGGGUUUUUUUUAAAGACCCUGAAGUAAAACAGUUUGAAGAUGAAAGAAAGAAGAUAAAGGAACAUUUCUUUUUUUUUAAAUGAUCUGCACCUUUCUUAGCAGCCUGGGGACCUGAUAUCAUGGUAACGGUACUGGGAAAUUAUGGAUAUUUGUUACUAGGAGACCUCAGAAAUAGUCCUGUGUGAAGCAGCUAGUAUUCGCUUCAGAUUCGGAUUUG